CACGCGGUAUUCCAUCGAGACUCGAGAGUCGGGAGGAGUUGAGACUAUGAGCGAGUUGUGGAGCACUUGAAAUUCACGAAGUAGCGCAAGGGAACAAGUGGACAAUGCAUAACAUUAAGGAUAUAAGUUUCGAACCUCUAGUUCAAUCCAACUAUGUCAAACCUUUGAGAAUGCUCUAUACACAGAAUGGCAUUCGCAAAGCUUGGGAUUUAUUGAGAAUUCAUGACAGUGUAGCAGUUUUACUAUUCAACACGACAAGGAAAGUGUUUGUAUUUGUUAGACAGUUUCGACCAGCUGUUUACUUUGAUGAUAUUGCGGAUUCUGAUGUAAACAGCCCAGUUGAUACCGAUAAGUAUCCUGUAGAAAAGGGCUUUACAAUUGAACUCUGUGCUGGCAUUGUGGACAAGCAAAAAAGCCUUGAAGAGAUUGCAAAAGAUGAAUUACUAGAGGAAUGUGGCUAUGAAGUACCACUUUCAGUUCUGCACAAGAUCAGUACUCACAGAUCUGGGAUAGGUGUUACUGGAGACAGACAAACACUUUUCUAUGCUGAGGUUACUGAUGACAUGCGGAAAGGCCCAGGUGGUGGAAUUAUAGAAGAAGGUGAAUUCAUUGAAGUUAUUGAAAUGACGGUGGAUGAAGUAAAGCAGUAUUUGGCCAGUGGAGAUGUCAGAAGUCCUGGUGGUUUUAUGUUUGCAUUAACAUGGUAUCUUCAUAACCGCUUGCCUGCAUCACAUAAAAAAGAUGCAGUAUAACAUUUAUCAAUGAGAUUUUUUUUUUUUUUACCUUGAGUGAAUAAUAGGUCGAGUAUAACCUUUCAAAUGCCGUGAAAUGAAUAAAAGUCCUGAUUUGUACAAGUAUUGGAUUUGAGUUUUUUAUGACAGUGCCAUAUUUCUGCUGAAAAAUGUGAAAGGCAAACUGUGCCUGGUUAUAAAUCUAUUAAACAGAUAAAAUAGUUAAUUACUGAUAGCAGAAUGCAACAUUGUACCACAUUAGAUGCAGUCUUCAUUUCUGUAGUUUUCUAUAAGGAAGCAAGUAAACUGUAAACUCAUUAAACUACUGAGAAAUUCAUUGUUUUGGCAAAAGUGGCAUGAAAGAGAUUAUACUAAACAUUUUCUUUUCAGGAUCUACAUUGUAGAAAAAGAAAUCUGGAAAAAACUGCUGAUUAGCCACUGAAUUUGUGAAAACUUCUAAUUAAAUAAAAACAUUCCUUUUUUA